CAUAUGUUGAAGGCCCCCCUCAUGAGGCCCUAGUCUAGUAUUUCAUCUCCUAGAGACCAGGUGGUCUUCUCUCAUGACAGAGGCAGAAAUGGGAGCAUCGCUCUCUAAAGGCAACCAUGUUAAAAAGCAUAAGAGGCUGUUUGUGUUUUAUGGUGUUUUUCAGGAAAGACUUUUGAGCUGAGCUGAGCAGUAACUCUCUGCAAUGCAAUGAAGCUGCAGCCUCUGAUUAGCACACACACACACACCACACUAUGGAUGCCUUGAGAAUACACACUGGUACUGAGGACAAGUUUCUUGUCUCUGAGUCCCAUCUGCCCCUGGAGAGACAAGUUUUACCAACACUACUGCUUCUUGCACUGGUAUCUUUCUCAGGAUUCAUGCCUGCUGUGGUUGCCAAGGACUCAAAUAACACAUGUGUGGAGAUCCAAGUACUUCAAGGCAUCCCAGACACAACAGCCAUGAUGGGGAAAGUAUUUUACUACUCAGUACCACCAUUUGCCUUUCAGGGAAAGAUAACCCACUACAAGUUUACUUUGGCCAGUGGUGCAGAAUUGCCAAAAUGGUUGGAGUAUAAUCCUAAUACAACUACACUGCAAGGACUGCCAGUGAACGAGAAGAGUGGAGAAUACCACCUGAAUGUAGCUGCCUACGGAGAUGUAUGCAUUCAGAAAACACCAACAGCUAAUGUAAAUUUCAUUCUUCUUGUUCAGGAGAGCAUUUUGAUCCCAGAAAAGAUGACAGGUUUGAGUCACAUGCCCAAGGGUAAUAUUAUCAGUUCUGAAAGGUGUACAAGGACGGGUUCUGUCACCUCUGCUGAGAUCAUCAUCCACGCGGCAGCUGAAUCGCUGGAUGUUCAGGAACGCCUAUACCUGGUGUGCACCAUGGCAGAAUAUCUCCAUCUGGAUCCCACUUCAUUGGCCCUAAAUCCAUAUCAGGGUUUGGUACACAGAAGCAGGUGGAACCUAACAGUAUUGGCUGAAGAUACUAGUCACAUCAACUUCCUAGAAAGCCAUUAUAUAGGGCUCUAUUGGCCUGUUGGAUGUGGAAUUUUUGCAAUGCUCUCAGAACUAGUUCAAGUUCUAAGACACAAUGUUGAUUCACACCGUCUCUCACAGCUCUUAGGAUAUGAAAUUGCAGGCUGGAGAAUAAUUAAGAGAGAAGGAUUUGAAAGACAACAUUCAGGAAGACAACCCAGACAGUUAAUGUUUACACCAACACCAACACUGAAAGUGACUGAAAUUAUUGCAAAACCAACUGAAGAAGAGGUCUUCACUACUUUGCCACCAAAGUCAUUAUUUUACCUACACACAGAGACUGUGGUCUCCUCUAUGCAGAGUUGGUUAUUUUUCCAUGAACUGAGCACAGCUAUCACCAAUUACAAUGAUCUUAUUCCACAUUUUGAAACAAGCCAACAGAGUUCAGGAGCCUUAGAAAUAGACCCAUCAUGGAAUUUUCCAAGUAAAAGAGCAAUGUCUAGUACUAUUUUUCAAGAGCGCUCUGCUUUUGCUUUUCCUGAACUUUCACCCUCUUUGAUAAGUACAGCAACCUCUCUUUCAAUAGAACUUAAGGGACUGCAAAAUACUGUUUCUAGUAUGCCACUCUUAUUAGAGCAACCACAAUCUCACAAACUAGAGUUGGAUCCAUUCUUACAGUCUAGUAAAUCAGAGCCACUGCAGCACCAUUUUCUAUCAGUCCUUUCUUUUGACAUCACCGAGGCAACUGGUAAAGGUCAGUUUUCAAGACCCAUUUACACUUUAAUGACAGAAACACAUUAUGAAUGGCCUCUGAUCUGGCCAGAAGUGUCUCCUAGCUCGGCACUUCAAACAUGUUUUCUAGAAGAAAUAUUGACAUCAGUUUAUAGCCAUCCAAAGGACAGCAUCUCUGAUUAUGACCAUUUUCCUGAAUAUGGAAUGCCAUCUAGUACAACCACCUCUCCAGAAAAGUUGCCUUCAACACCCACAUCUACUUCACUACACCUGGCAUUAUUUGAUUUUACACCUUCCAUUGAUGAUAUGUUUCUACUUUUGUCAGGAAGUAGUCAUUUGAGUCAAGAGGUAUUUAAUGGCUUUGAAUAUAUGUCUAAGUCUUUUAUGAGUAUCCCACAGACAGACAGACUUCCAUUUACUGAAGAAGAAAUCUCCGAUUCUUCUAUAAUCCACAUAGGUACAGCGAUUUGGGAUAGAACAUCCAACCCAAGCUCUGUUACCUCAAUAUUGGAUUCUUCUAUUUUAAGUAGCACUUUCCCCAGUGAUGCUGGAACAGCUCAAGAAACAAGCCUGACAGCUCAGUCCUACCCUAAUAACGCUCCACUGCUUUCUCUGCCUACAGAUUUUGCUGGCUUUCAAAGCUCUGAGCUGUCCAGACCAAUGAAGAUAUUUGAUUCUUAUGACAGGAGCAAACUCAGAACAUACAAUCAUUUUCCAAGCAUUUUACCUAGUGGCACAAAGGUUUUAAAUCCAGACAGAUCUCUUGUAACCAGAAUAAUUUUGCCAAACACCACAGUGUUUACCCUGGAGCCAAUUAAAGUGUCAAACAUCCCAUCCUACACUGCAGAAACAUCUAUGAGGACUAUGUUUAAUGCUGCUUCUCAUCUGCACAAUGGACAAGAGCUGGUACAGAUGCCCUCUUCACUGGUCUACCAAGAUACAAGCACUUUGCCAAUCCCCACAUAUGAAGCACUGCAAUCUACAGAAGUUGCAUGGGUUCAUCUUCUGUUUUCUGUGUCACAGGUGCUUCACGACAUAACUCCAGGUCAAACAAAUACUUCCCCUGAAGUUGUUAACUCCAUUAAAUUGAUAACAGCAACCAUUGGAUGCAAGUUCGAUUUUUCAGUACCCGCUGACACAUUUUAUGAUCAGGAAGAUGGCAACACAACUCAGUUGACCCUUCGAAUAAACCCAGUCGAUGGCUCUCCCUCAGGGCCAGAAAGCUGGCUUCAGUUUAAUGCAUCUCUUCAAACCAUGUCUGGCUAUCCACUCAAUAUUGAUUUUCAAUAUUCACCUCAGGAGUUUGUACUAUCUGCCACUGAUUCAGGGGGUCUGACUGCUUGGGAACCUCUCACCAUUGAACUUUUGAGGCCCAUCAGUGUCCCAUGCCACAUUUAUACUAUAAGAACAAAAAAUAGAAUCUGCUUGCCCACUCCAGAGCCAUUUAAUGGAUCCUUGAUUCUGAACAGUACCUUCCCUACAUAUAAUGAAGAGAACAAUUGCCGGAUUAAAAAUGCCUUGCUAAUUAGCUUAUGUGCAACCAUUGUGAUGACUCUGAUAAUUGUUGCCCACCGUUGCUAUAAAUAUCACAAGAUUCUUGAAUCACAGUCCAUGACUUUUCAUGGCAGACCACCAGGCUAUGGUGACCUGGAAAUGGGCAUGCUGAAACCCCGCAAAGCACCUGUUCUUCAACGGGAAGUUUCACCCUCGUCACCACAGUUAUGGAUACCCGUGCUACCUUCUUCCCAACAGCAUACUUGCAGGCCCAGUGUAAGACUGCCCCAGUCUUUACCACCUUUCCAGCCUCCCAGAUAUCAACUCCCACCUCUUUAUGAAGCAGAUAUUACUAGCCAAAGUGACCAAGGCAAUAUUCACAGAAGAGAUUACCCUAAAUCAAGAUUACACUAA